CGCAUGAUCAGUCCUUACCUUUCCUUCCUUCCUUCCUUCCUCCUCCCCUGUCACCACCGAGAAUCCUCUCCUCUGUCAAUCGGACACAGCAUGUGUGAUGAUAGCUUGGAAGAAGGAGAUCUGAUGCGCCCGGGAAUCCAAGAUCAUGACUGCCCUUGAAGAUAAAGGUGUUUGGAGCCUCGAGUGUGAUAUUGAAGACCGGGCUUUCCGUCGAGAUUGUUUCUUCCUAGUGUUGUAGUAAAUUCUUUUGCCCCCCCUCGACUGCUUCGGGACCAAUGCAGAAGUACUGUGAGGCAUCAGUAGGAUGCCUCCAGAGUAAUCUCCUCCCACAUAACCUGCAAUAUAGAGGGGGGAAUUAUCUACAAGGGUUUUUUGAGGCUAAAGAUGAUACAGCUGCCCACUUAGGAGGCGGGUCAGCUGCGCCCAAUGGGAAAAUCAGCCGAAUGUCCUCUGUGCCUCCUUUUGAAGCGUAUCGAAGGCCGGUUCAUCAGCACGAAGUUGAAGUACGUGCUGCUUUCUACCCUGAGCUUCAGAAAGCACAACAGAACCACUUAUACGCGUUUGAAGCUCACUACUAUCCCUUUAAUUAUGAGUAUGGUUUUCCCAUUGAGAACCGGUUCCAGUAUAUGCCAUUCAAGGUGGCCUCAUCUCCCCAGAGUUACCAGCAAGAAACCAACCAUUUGCAGGAGUUCCAGUAUUUUGUUGUGAUAGAUUUUGAGGCUACCUGUGACAGAGAUAGGAACCCCCAUCCACAGGAGAUUAUUGAGUUCCCAUCAGUGCUAGUGAAUAGCUCAACUGGUCAGCUUGAGGAUUGUUUUCAGAUAUAUGUGCGGCCCACUUACAAUCAGCAUCUGAGUGAUUUCUGUAAGGAGCUUACGGGGAUCCAGCAAAAUCAGGUGGAAAAAGGUGUUCUUCUAAGUGAUGCUCUUCUUAUGCAUGAUAAAUGGCUUGAAGAGAAAGGCAUCAAACAGACCAACUUUGCUGUUGUGACAUGGUCAAACUGGGACUGCCGGGUGAUGCUGGAGUCGGAGUGUCGAUUCAAGAAGAUCCGGAAGCCACCAUAUUUUAACAGAUGGAUAAAUCUUAAGGUUCCGUUCCAUGAGGUGUUUGGUGGGGUGAGGUGCAACCUAAAGGAAGCUGUGCAGCUGGCAGGACUGGUGUGGGAGGGACGGGCCCACUGUGGGCUCGACGAUGCCAAGAACACAGCCCACCUCCUGGCCCAUCUUAUGCAACGUGGGUUCAAGUUCACCAUCACCAACUCGCUUGUCUGUGCUUCUCCCGAGUUCCACCCUACUGCACGGCCUCCUCAGCAAUCACCAAAGUUGGCUGCCCAGCACCCGUUUAUGCCCUCCCUCCAUUUCCUGCCAAUUCAAACAGACCCUCCUAAGGAGCGAGAAAUAUACUGUUACUGCGGUGUCAAGAGCAGCAAGAGGGUGGUCAGAAAGCCUGGGCCGAAGCAUGGAAGCUCUUUCUUCGGGUGCGGGAAGUGGACUACUGCUCGAGGGGCUGUGUGCCAUUACUUCGAGUGGGCCACCCCUUAAAGAAAGACUCCCCUGGAAGGAUUCUCUCCUUCUCAGGGGCUAAAACUACUAGAAAUCUAAAAAAGGAAAAAAACAGAACUUGCUGGGAAGAAACCGUCUCCUGUGGUAGCAAACUUUUAUAUGGACUUGACGGGCCGCAUAGCAGUGAGAGCGGAUGGCGUCAGUUUGAAGUCGAACUGCCAAGAAGUCUUGAGUUGGAUUGUGUAUAUAGCUAAGACUUCUUUUUUCGGUUGUGUUAGGGACGAGGAGAGAAAAAGGAAGGAAGGUGGUGUGAGUGAGUGAGAGAGUGAGUGAAACUGGUUUGCUUCGUCUAGGAGAAGGGUGUUCUUGGAACAAACCGUGCCAGGACGCGGAUCGUUCUUAAUUUUAUCAAUAUAAAUAACCAGUGAGAAUGAUAACUCGAA